AUGGAUUUUGAAACAAUUGUGGUAACCCACAAUUGUAGUGCUAUAAUUUCUAGCACAAUGGUGAAGAAAGAAGGUUCGGGUCCAUUAACUAUUCCUUGCACUAUCGGGGUCUACAAAUUUAAAAAAGAAUUGUGUGAUCUUGUGGCAAGUAUUAAUUUGAUUCCAUUCGCUGUGUUUCGAAAGUUAGGCUUAGGUGCUCCUAAGCCUACCACUAUGAGGCUUCUAAUGGCUGAUCGUUUAAUCAAAAAGCCCGUUGGUGUGUUGUAUGAUAUAUUGGUAAGAGUUGACCGGUUUAUCUUUCUAUCCGACUUCAUGAUUCUCGAUUGUGAGGUUGAUCAUGAGGUCCCAGUCAUUAUUGGUAGACCAUUCUUAUCUACCGUAAGGGCCUUAGUGGAUGUGGAAUAUGGGGAGAUGAAAUUUUGGGUGAACAAUAAAGAAGUAUCCUUCAAUGUGUGUAAGUCCAUGAAGUAA